UAGCCCACAGCUGCAACACGUGCAAUUGUUUUGUUUUCAUAGCGUUCAUUUUUAACAAUUUAACAGACAAAAAUGAAAAUUCGCAAGAAUCAUGUGCGUAAGCGUUACCGCUACAAUGUUAAUCGGAAGACGAUGAAUAAAACAAGGAAAAACACUGGAAAAAUCAAGGACCCAGAGAUGAAGAAAAUGUGGCUUGAAGGAAAACGCGUGGGUACCAAUUUCAGUGAAAUGGGCUUGGCCCGGGAUCCAAACAAGGCGGUUGGCGUACCAAAUUAUAAACGCGAAAGGCUGGAGGCUGUUAAAAUUGUAAAUGGAUUCACUGAGGAGGAGCUAGACGACGAGGAAAUGGCCAUUCUGGGUUCUAAGAAAGACAAAACAGAGACCCCCAAACCAAAGCGGGGACACGUCGUUCAAGAGCUCGAGCAAAUGGCAAUUGAUCGAAGAGCUGAUCCAGAGUUCCGAUUACCAAAGGGAGUGGUGAAGGAGCUGUCAUAUUUCCUUAAUAAGUACAAAUUCAACUAUAAGGCCAUGGUGACAGAUCGUCGUAAUCAUGGUCAGUGGACGUGGAGGCAAUUCCGCUUGAAAAUACGCAGAUUUAUGUCAAUACCAGAACAAUUCAAUGAAUACCUGGAGCAGAACAAACUUCCCAUAGAUGUUAAACCAGAUUGGCCAGAAUACGAGUCGGACAGUGAAUGGAAAUAACUGUCAAUGUAUAGAAUAUAGAAUAUAAAUAUAAUAUA